UGCCUUUCUCCGUAAGUGUUAGGUUCAUGGACAUUGCAAUCGUGAAAAUCAUGUCCAACUCGGUUCUUCAAGUCCUUUUCCUUUUGGUUUCCCUCGCGGCACGAGCAUCAGGAGCUGCACUUGGUCUUGCAAGGCCUAACUGUUCUGAAACAUGCGGGAACGUCGUCAUUCCCUUCCCCUUCGGAUUAGGAGCUGGGUGUUUCCUGGAUGACUGGUACGAGAUCGUCUGCCAGCAAAACAACACGCUUCCCAUUCUAAACAAGAUUGGGCUGCGCGUCCUCAACAUUUCACUCCCCUUUUACAGGGAACCUUACAGUGAAUUUGGAGGUGAAUACACGAACGGCAUGAUUAGCGUCAGUGUUCCAGUAAUUUACUCAAAUGCAAGCUGCAGGGGGGACGGAGUUGGUAUGCCGGUGAGCCUCGAAGGAAGUCAGUUUGUCUUCUCCCAGACGUCGAACGUCUUUGCGUCAGUUGGUUGCAACACCGUGGCAAUCGUGAAGAGUACAGAAUCAGCUGUUGUCGGUUGCAGGUCGAAAUGUGCUGGAACCAACAUUAGCCGGUAUAGUGCUUGUUCUGGGAGGGGUGGAUGCUGCUACACUUCGCCCCCCUCUAACCUGCAGCGCUUUGAUGUGGAAUUCAAAGAGGAAGGCGGACACCAAGGGUGCCAGUACGCUUUCCUGGCAGAUAUAUCAUGGUUCUCGAGGUCUGACUCUGUAGAUUUAUAUGAUUUGAGACUGAAUAAUACGGUUCCAGUGGUGUUGGAAUGGGGAAUUGCAAACAAUACCAACUAUGCGCUUGAGCUUAUGGGGCGAGAAUACUGGAGCAUCUGCAACGCAAAUAAUCAAUAUGAAAGUGAAAUGCCAUUUAUGCAGUGCCUCUGCCGUCCGGGGUUCGGCGGUAACCCCUAUCUUAUUGGAGGAUGCCGAGAUAUCAACGCAUGUCCAGAUCCAAAUCAAACUCUUUGCCCUAAUGGCUGUGUCGACCUUCUGGGCGGCUAUGACUGCGUCCCCGACAAUGGAACAACUGAUGGUAGAAGGACCGAUGUUAAAAAAGGAGCAACCUUCUUUGUUAUCCGCAUCGGAGCAGGCCUUGGAGCGCUAGGAGAUUUGUUGCUUUUCUCAUGGUGGUUGUACAGACUCAUCAAAAAGAGGAGAGAAACUAAGCUCAAAGAGAAGUACUUUAAACGAAACGGUGGUCUUUUGUUGCAACAACAGCUGUCUUCACCCGAAGGCAAUGUUGAGAAGAGCAAAUUAUUCAAUUCCAAGGACUUGGAGAAGGCCACGGAUCGUUUCAACAAGGAUAGGAUACUAGGGCAAGGUGGACAGGGUACUGUUUACAAAGGAAUGUUAACAGACGGAAGGAUAGUUGCUAUCAAGAAAUCAAAAGUGAUAGACAAGGAAAAGGUCGAACAAUUCAUCAAUGAGGUGGUCAUUCUCUCGCAAAUCAAUCAUAGGCAUAUUGUUAGACUAUUAGGUUGCUGCUUGGAGACGGAAAUUCCUCUCUUAGUGUAUGAAUUCAUACCAAAUGGGACGUUGUACCAAUGUCUACAUGACCCAAAUGAGCAAUUUCAAAUGCCAUGGGACAUGCGCCUACGAGUUGCAACUGAAAUCGCUGGAGCCUUAGCCUACUUGCAUUCUGCGGCUUCUAUACCCAUUUAUCAUCGAGAUAUCAAGUCCACCAAUAUUCUCAUGGAUGAGAAAUAUCGGGCAAAAGUAGCAGAUUUCGGCACUUCCAAGUCAGUUUCUCUCGAUCAAACUCACGUAACCACAUUGGUGCGGGGGACUUUCGGAUACUUGGAUCCAGAGUACUUCCAAACAAGCCAAUUUACAGACAAAAGCGAUGUGUACAGCUUUGCAGUGGUCCUUAUCGAACUCUUGACGGGGCGAAAGCCAAUCUCUCGGCUGGAGGAAGAAGAAGGAAGAAACCUCGCGGCGUACUUUAUGAUCUCUAUGGAAGAAGAUUCUGCGUUCGACAUGGUUGAUGCUCAAGUUUUGGAGGAGGGUACGGAAGAAGAGAUUGCAGCAGUUGCUGACCUCGCAAGAAGGUGCUUAAACUCAAUUGGGAGGAACCGGCCGACGAUGAAGGAAGUGGCAAUGGAGUUGGAGCGAAUAAUGAAACUCCGAAAUCCGUUGGAUUUCCAACAGAAGCGAAGUACUUCGGAUUUCCUGCAAGAUCAAGAAGACGUCGAGGCCACCGAAUCUCACGACACUAGUUUCACAUCUAGCGAGUCUUAUCAUGUGGACUUGGAUGUAACAACAUUCUCCGAUGUGCAGCCAUUCGCACAUUGCGAAACAUGGUAA